AUGGCCGGCGUGGGCAUGUCGGUGGGCGAUUGGUUUGCGACUUACGUGAUGGAGAAGCUGGUCGAUUUCGCCUCCUCCCGUCUCGCUGACGCCCACCGUGAUGUCUUCUCGGUCGUCGAUGAGAAGCUGAAGGAGAUGGAGGGCAGACUUCCUCGGAUCCACGCUGCGAUCCACGCCGCUGAGGGGCGGCCAAUCAGGGACCCUGCGCUUGCCAGUUGGAUGAGGCAACUCAAAGACGCCGCUUUCGAAGCGGAUGACCUACUGGACGAGUUGGAUUACAGGCAACUGGAAGCUCGGGUGCAGGACAGGAGCAAGGUGAGUGCUUUCGCCUCCUCAUCUCUUAGAUUUCUCAAGAAUCUGUUUGUUUCGGAUGACGAACUGAGGAGGUUGAAGAAUAUCUUGGGGGAUCUCGAUAAGAUUUCUUUAGAGAUCAACCAGAGAAAGGCUGAACUGGAAGAGUACAACCACGCAAGGCAUCAAAGCAGGGAGACCAGCUCCUUCAGCACGCAGGAGCACAAAGAGAGCGGGAGCAGCCGCCACCUCGCGAAUCUUGAUGUGCUACCAAUUUUAGGCAUUGGAGGCGUAGGGAAGACUACUCUAGCGCAGCUUGUUUACAGUGACCAAAGGGUCGCUCAGCAUUUUGAGCUCAGGAAGUGGGUGUAUGUCUCGGACAAUUUUGAUGUCAAAAGGAUCGCCAUGGAGCUGGAAACCAACGUGACUUCUGAUUCCCACCCUUUCCGCGACGCUAGUUUGGAUGCACAGCUAAGCAAGCUCAGGGACGCCACUGCAAAUAAAAGGUUUUUGUUUGUGCUUGAUGAUGUGUGGGAUGAGACAGAAAGCAGUUGGACAAAACUCCGGAGUGCCUUAACAUUUGGGAGCAAAGGAAGUACCAUUCUGAUCACAACACAAAGUCCAUUAGUCGCAGAGAUCAUGGGGACUGUGAAGCACAUCAAACUAGAACUUCUCGAGGAAGAUGAUUAUUGGAGACUCUUUGAGCAUUGUUCAUUAGGUGAUAAGGAGAUCGAUCUGGAUUUAAGAAGGAAGUUGGAGUUACUUGGUCAACAGAUAGCUAAGAAAAUGCAUGGCUUACCUUUAGCAGCGAAGACAGUCGGUAGUAUGUUGCGUUGCAGACUAGAAGAGCAAUAUUGGAAAGCCAUUCAAGAAAGUGAAUGGUGGGAGCAUGAUUUUGUUGUGGAUAACAUACUUCCAUCACUGGGGCUGAGUUAUCAACAUCUGAGCUCAAAUUAUAAACAAUGCUUUGCCUACACUUCCAUAUUCCCAAAGGGCCACAUGUUCAACAAAGAACGGUUAGUCCAGAUGUGGAUAGCUCAAGGUUUUAUCCAGGAAAAAACUCUGCGAGGGAGAAUGACAUUGGAGGAUAUUGGGAGCCAGAUUUUUGAUGAAUUAACCAGCAGAUACUUCUUUAUGCGUACAGUCAACGAUAGGUAUGUCAUGCACGAUCUGAUCAGGGAAUUAGCAGUGUGUGUUUCCAUUGAUGAAUGUUUAGUGCUCCACGAUGAACAUGUCAAAAUUCCAGCAACUGUUUGCCACUUGACACUGAGGGUUGUUAAAAUGAAUGCGCUACCAGAAUUGAGAAAGUUGCAGAAAAUGCGAACACUUAUAUUCUAUCCUGAGUAUGAUAGUGAAUUUCUACUCUUACCAAGGGAUGGUUCUAAAGAGUUUUUCAAAUUUCUGGAAGGACUAUUGGAAGAUAUGAAGAUUCUCCGAGUGAUAGAUUUAUCACAAGAUCGCAGUGGGAUAAACAAACUACCAGAUGCUAUCUGUGAUCUGCCUCAUCUGCGAUACUUGGAUGUUUCUUGGACUAAGAUCAAGCAGUUGCCUAAAGGUUUUCCAAAACUUUAUCAUCUGCAAGUGCUGAAUUUGAAGAGGCGUGGCACCUUCAGUAUUCUACCACAAGGAAUGAACAGGCUAAUCAAAUUGCGACAUUUAUAUGCUGAUGCUAACACAAUAUCUCUAAUACAUGGGAUUGGGAAGUUGACCGAGCUGCAGGAGUUGGAAGAAUUCCAUGUUUCAAAUAAGAGAGGGCGUCAAAUAGAAGAGUUGAAGGACCUAAGAUAUCUUCGAAGACGACUAACUAUCCAAGAUAUUCAGAAUGUUGAAUCAAAGGAAGAGGCAGUGGGGGCAAACUUAGAUGACAAGGAGAACCUUCAUGAACUGAUGUUGAACCGAAAGCCUGAUAUUAGAAGCCAAGGAGACAAGGAAAAGGAGAUACUUGAUGGCCUUCAACCACACCACAAUCUCAAAUCACUUGAAAUUCAUCAUUACGGUGGAAUGAAGUCCCCAAGUUGGUUGGAGAACAAUCAGAUCACCAAUCUUGAAUUUGUCUAUCUAAAUAAAUGCGCUAGGUGGGACAUUCUUCCUCCUCUUGGGAAACUUCCAUUUCUCAAGAACUUGGUAUUCAAUAUGAUGCCUUCAAUACGACGAAUUGGAAGUGAGUUCUAUGGCGACACUGAUACAGUCUUUCCUUCGCUGGAGAAACUAACAUUUAACCAGUUGAAUGAAUGGGAGGAGUGGUCUGGCACAGAUAAAAAGUCAGUUUUUCCUCGCCUUUCUGAAAUCAAAAUCCAAGAUUGUGUCAAACUAAGACAAAUACCUCUUCUUCCUUUGGGAUCAAUGGGUAAUCUUAGAAUUCAGAAUUGCGGUGACAUUAGCUCCACACUGCCUCGGUAUCUGCUCCAUUUAACCUCCCUAGUCGACUUAUUAUUGGAAAAUUACCCUCACAGAGUAUCUGUUUGCCUGUCCAACCUUACGACCCUCAAAAAUUUGGAGCUGUGCAAUUGCCUGGAGUUGAUGUUACUUGGUGGAUUUCAGUCCCUUGUUAACCUGAAAUAUUUGAGAGUAUCAAAAUGCCCCAAGCUAAAUGAAUCCUCACAGCCUUUAGAGGAACCAUAUGUGGAAGAGGGUUUGAGAUCUCUUUCUCAUCUUGAUACUGAUGAGAGCAUUAUCAACCAUGUAUGGGUCACAGUGGGAAGGACACAAACUGUGAAGUCGUUAAUUUUCACAAACUGCGAGCAUCUUAAAAACUUCGAGCCAGAGCAGGAGGAAUGGUUUCAGCAACUAACAUCGCUACAAGAACUGCAUUUUGUGAGUUGUCCAAAUCUGCAAAGGCUUCCCGCUAAUCUGGAAACUGUUUUCUCCAUCAGGAAGUUAACCAUCACCCACUGCCCCAGUAUUGACUCACUGCCAGAGAAUGGCUUGCCGAUCUUACUCAAAGAAUUGAAGAUUUAUGGAUGUAGGAAAUUGAAAGAUCGGUGCCAAAAGGAUGACGGACCUGACUGGCCAAAGAUUGCACUGAUUCCCUACAUAGUCAUCGACAGUGAAGUCAUACAAAUGCUAUAACAAUAAUAUCAAAAGUUGAAGUAGCUGCUUAGUUUUG